UUCGAUUUGAGCGCCACAAUAAUCGUUUGUUCGCUUACGUUUCAAUACAUCGUGUUCAAGUACAAUAUAUAUGUACAAAUGGAAUCGCUGCCAUCUUUGUCGUUUCUUGGCGUGGUGGAUGGCCGGCUAGAUUACUGAUUUUUAAGUAUAUGAUCAUUUUUAUGUAUCUUGUGUCUUUAAGUGUAAAGAUUACAGAAAAGAUUUAACAUGAGUACGGACAGUAUUGAGAAGUUAUAUAAAAAUUUUGGCAUUUUGGCAGAUGCCAAAGAUAAAUUAGCCGAGCAUGAAAAAGAAUAUUUAGAAAUUCUUACAGCAGUGAAAGGAUCACCUAAAGAAAAACGAUUAGCAUCACAGUUCAUUGCAAGGUUUUUCAAGUACUUUCCAAAAUUAGCUGAUCAAGCUAUAGAUGCUCAUUUAGAUCUUUGCGAAGAUGAGGAUAUGGCUAUAAGGAAACAAGCUAUUAAAGACUUACCUGCAUUAUGCAAAGAUAAUAAAGAACAUACAGCCAGAAUUGCAGAUAUUUUAGCUCAGUUACUUCAAGCUCAAGAUCCAUCUGAAUUAGCUGUAGUUCAUAAUAGCGUUAUGUCUCUUAUGAAAACUGAUCCAAGAGGUACAAUAAGUGGAUUUUUCAGUCAAAUUAUAAAUGGUGAUGAUGGUACUCGUGAGCGUUGUAUUAAAUUCUUAGCAACAAAGUUAAAAGCAAUAGGUCAUGAUAUUAUCACUAAAGAACCAGAAGAUUUAUUAAUUUCAGAAUGCAAGAAAGUAUUACAAGAUGUAACUGCUGACGAGUUCCAUAGUAUUAUGGAAGUACUUGCAUGGACUAGACUAGGUUCUACAGUCAGUGGACAACAAGAAUUGGUAGAUAUUACAGUUGAACAGGCUGAAUUAUCUGAGCCAUUUAAACAUACAAAUGUUGAACAAUGGAAUAGACUUGUCCAGUGUAUCAAACAUGCUCUUCCAUUCUUCAGUUCUCAAAUAGAUUCAUCACGGUUUGUAUCUUAUAUUUGUGUACAAGUUUUACCGCAUCUCUCAUUAAUUACUUCACCUGAUGGUAGAGAUGUACAAUUGGAAUUAUUAAAGCUUCUUGCUGAAUUGGCUGUAUUUUGUGGAACGAUUGAUAAACCAGACGAAAAAGUACAACAACUUUACAAUACUCUUAUUACAUAUAUGCCACUUCCUCCAGCUACAGAAAUAACUGAGGUACCAAAACUACAGUUCAGUCAUGUUGAGUGUCUUAUGUAUGCCUUCCAUAAACUAUGCAAACAAACACCAGAAUUUUUAAUAAAAGAUCCAGAACAACUCAAGGAAUUUAGAUUAAGGUUACAAUACUUUGCCCGUGGUAUUCAAGGUUAUAUAAAGAAAUUGCGCGAAGCAAUUAGUGGCAAAACAGAAGAGGAAUUGAAAUCAGAAGAGAAUCAAUUAAAAGUUGUUGCAUUGAAAACAACAAAUAAUAUUAAUACUUUGAUCAAAGAUCUGUUUCAUUCACCGCCCAGUUUUAAAAGUGUUAUAUAUCUUUCGUGGAAAACGUCGUCUAGCGAUAAAAAGAGUGAAAAGCACUCAUCUGCUCAAAAGAGACAUACACCAAUUACAUUUGGAAAUGAUAGUAGUUCAAAUAAACGUAGCAAAGAAGAUAAAAGUAAAAGGGAAUUAUAUACACCUCCUAGUGGAAAGUAUAGUUCAAACAUAUCAUCAAACUAUGGUCGAGGUAGAUUCAGAGGAAACAGGUCAGGUGGUCGGGGUGGUUAUAGAUCAAGAGGACGUGGAACAUGGAGAAAAAACUUUUACUAGUUACUUAAUUGCUUAAAUUAUUCAAUGCAUGGAAUGGUUGAAGUUGCAAUAAUAUAAGACUAUACCAGGCCUGUAAAAUGUACAUACAUAUGAAGAAUGUAUAAGUGAUUAUUUGCAGAAAGUGGUUUUAAGAGGAGUGACAAACAAAAUACAACAUUUUUGUUCUAUAAAAAUAUUAGUGUAAAAGGAAGUGUUUUUGUGAAAGCUUUAAGUACGUACAAGUUUCAAAUACAAAAUUCUAAAAAUCAUUUGUUUACUAAAUACAGUGGUAAUGUUAUAACAAAAUAUUGAUGGUUGAAAAAGAGAACAUUUUUGUGAAAUAUACUCAUAGUGUUAUAAGAACCUUUUUUAAUAUAAUGUUAGAAAAAAGAAAGAUGAAAACCGUGAAGAAAUUUGAAUUUACUGAAAGUGGAUAAUGUCAUCAAAAGAAGUGAGAAGUACAACACAGUCAAAGCAAACAAGUGUAUAUUAUGAGACCAUUUCAUCAAGUACCUUAAUGGGCAGUAGAAUAUGAAAUAAUGAAGACAGAACAGUGCGAAUACAGUAUAUUUAUCAUCUAACCAGAUUGAAGAAACAUCAAAUGUUACUACGGAAAAAUACUGUAUGUUUCUAUGAAAUGUUUAAAGAAUUCAGACUGUAAAAUGGCUGGUUUGUGCUAUUAUGUGGACAUUGGUGUUACAAAUAUUUGCGAAGACAAACAAUUUUUCUCUACUACAAUAAGUGUGGAUGUUAAAAUAGUAUCAAAAUGUAUUUCCUUAUCUCCUGGUUUCUCCUACACCUCCUACUCCUCCUACUUGAUUCAACUUCAUUUCUUUUGUCAACAGGAAAUGAGGACCAGAGCUGUUCGGUGGAUAGUAUCCAGGACAUUUCAUUUCAAAAGGAUAAUUAAAUCAAAGAAACUUGAAGACUAUUCUUCUUUUGUAUUUUGUCAGUUAUAAGUUAACGGAAUUCGUGAACUUGUAUUCUUUUAUUUGUAUAUAAUUUAUUGUUUGUAUAAAUUAUUUCAAAUUCUUGUAACUAUUGUGUAGUUAUAUCAUUUUCUUAAUCAAAAGUACACAAAAUUUAAAUUAAAGUUUACUAUGUACUUAUAUAGUUAAGUUCAAAUUGUACAUAAAGUUCAUUUGCUCUGAAUAUUUUAAUUAAAUAAUUUACAAGUCUAAAAGUUUCUUUGACUAUGUUAUAAUGAAUUAUAUUGUUAUCAUAUAAUUUCUAUUUUCCAGAUGCUGCAUAUUUACUGAUGACCUGAGAGAGGGAAAGCAGAUUAAAAAUAAUCAUUUUUUGAUUACAGAUUUUCCAGAGGUUUCUCAAGAGGGAUGAUACGGAGAAAAUAUGAUACAUUUUCUUUUUUUCAGGACCUGUUGCACAGUUGUCUAUUAUAUUUUAAUUAUAUAUUGAUGGUAGCUGUCUUAUAAGGUGAGUUUAAUAAAUAAAUUGUGUCCUCUUCCUAUCCACCAUUAAACAAAAUUUCUGUAAUAAUAACAACUGAAUAUAUUACCGUUUUAAUUUAAUAAAUACUAGUAUUGCAUAAUA